UUGACAACGACAACGUCUUUUCUGCUCCCGGCACGUGUUUCUUAAAAGAAAGCGUGGUUGUUUGUAGUAAAUAUUACGAACAAUUAAAUAUUUUAAAUUAAACUUAAGCUUUAAUAGUAAUAAGUAAGCAAUCCACGUGUUAUGCGUUAAGAUGGGACGUAAAGCAAAAUUCGACGAGACCAAGAAAGUUAAGAAAGGACCGGGUAGAAAAGCCCGUAAGCAGCCCGAUCCAGUUUUUAGAAAGGAACUUCUUGAAGAUGAAAGUGAUACAAAAAAAUUGAGCCAUAGACAAAAACAGCGAGCUGCAAGGAGGUUAAAGAAGAAAGCUCAGUUAGCUGAAAAAAGGAAAGCUGCUAAACAAGCAAAGAAGAAUGUAAACCAGGAAGAAGAAAAGAAAAUUAUUGAAGAGGAUAAUUCUAAUGAUGAAGAAGUUAAAGGAGGUUUUACCGAUGAAAAUAAGGAAUGGUUGAAAUUGAAGAAACCUAAAACAAAGAAAGAAGUAGAUAAACCCGUGGAAGAUAGUGAUGAAGAGUCAGGUUCUGAACUUGAAUCUGCUUCUGAACCUGAACAGGACAGUGAUGAUAAUGAAGAAGGUGAAGAAGAGAAUAAAAAAGAAACUGGUGACAAAGAAAACUAUAAGGUUGGAACACUGGAUGAUUUAUUUGAAGACUCUGAUAAUGAAAAUGCUGGUGAAAAUGGCUUAGAAAGUGAUGAUGAUGCACCAAAGAUGACUUAUGACUCUGACUCCAGUGAAGGGGAUGGGAAAGAUGAUGGUGUUAACAAGGAUGAUGAUGAUGACAUGUUACCAAUUGAAAAAGCCAAUUUGAAACUAAAAAAGAAACAAAAAAUGAACCAGAAACUAGCUGAUGAAGAAAUGCAACUUAAUAUUGCCAAACAAGAUGUAUUUGCAUUUCCCACAGAGGAGGAAUUGCAAAAUCCUACCAGUCUACAAGAUAUACAUCAAAGAAUUAAAGAUAUUGUCACUGUUUUGGGUGAUUUUAACCGAUUAAAGCAAGAUGGCAAGUCACGGUGUGAAUACACAGACUUGCUUCUAAAAGAUUUGUGUACAUAUUACAGCUACAAUGAGUUUUUAAUGGAAAUUCUCAUGCAAUUAUUCCCAGUACAGGAACUUGUAGAAUUUUUGGAAGCGAGUGAAAUGUCACGACCUGUUACCAUACGUACUAAUAGUCUUAAAACUAGAAGACGCGAUUUGGCACAAGCACUGAUUAAUAGAGGGGUCAAUUUGGACCCUGUUGGGAAAUGGAGUAAAGUGGGCUUAGUUAUAUACAGUUCAACGGUUCCUAUAGGUGCAACUCCUGAAUAUUUAGCUGGUCACUAUAUCCUUCAGGGUGCGUCAAGUUUCUUGCCGGUAAUGGCACUUGCUCCACAAGAAAAUGAAAGGAUUUUAGAUAUGUGUGCGGCUCCAGGAGGAAAAGCAUCACAUAUUGCAGCAAUUAUGAAAAAUACUGGAGCUUUAUUCGCAAAUGAUGCAAAUAAAGAGCGUACGAAAGCUGUUGUUGGAAACUUCCAUAGACUAGGUGUUGUGAAUGCUGUUGUAUGUAACUAUGAUGGUCGGCAAUUCCCUAAUGUAAUAAAGGGCUUUGACAGGGUUUUAUUGGAUGCACCAUGCACAGGAACAGGGGUCAUAGCUAAAGACCCUAGUGUCAAAACUACAAAAGAUCAGAAAGAUAUUCAAAGAUGUUUCAAUCUACAAAGGCAGUUGUUGCUAUCUGCAAUCGACUGUUGCAAUGCUAAAUCAAGUACAGGGGGAUAUAUAGUUUAUUCAACAUGUUCUAUUUUACCAGAGGAAAAUGAAUGGGUGGUAAAUCAUGCUUUAAAACGACGUAAUGUGAAGUUGGUACCGACUGGCUUAGAUUUUGGAACUGAAGGUUUCGUUAAAUACAGACAUCAUAGAUUCCAUCCAUCAUUAAAAUUAACGAGAAGAUUCUACCCACACACACACAAUAUGGAUGGAUUUUUCGUUGCCAAGCUUAAAAAGUUCUCCAACGUCAUUCCGGAACCAUUUAAAGAUGAAGAUGACGAAGAAGUGGAUGAUGAGAAAGUGGCCACAGAGAAUGGUGAAGCAAGUACAUCGGAACAAAAAGUUGAUGCGACUUCAACUAAUGGUCCACUAAAAAGGCCAGCACCUUCAGAUACAAAAGAGCCACAGAAAAAGAAAAAAUCUAAAGGAAACAGUGAUGCACCAGAAGAAAAAUUAGAAGACAAUGUUGAGGGAAAGAAAAAGAAAAACAAGAAAAAUAAACAAAAAGGCAAAGUAUUGAAAGAAAGCGAAACAGAAGCAAAAACAUCAAAUAUUGAUGAAAAUGUAAAUGAAGAUAAAUCAAAUGAAACAGGAAAAGUCGACAAAAAACCCCAACAAGAUUUACCAAAAGAUUCCACAAAUUCAGUUGGCAAUACUCCAAGUCCUAAAAAGAAAGGCAAGAAAAACAAAAAGAAAAAACAACAAUCUAAUCCUACUGUAGUUAGUAAAAACGAACAAAACGUUACUGAGAAAGUACAAUUGGAAGUAUCAAAGAAGUUGAAAAAUAAAAUGAAGAAAAAGAAAAAAAUCGGACAAAUUAAUAACAAAAACAAGAAUGAAACAAAGUCUGUGAAAUCCAAUCAAAAAUAUUCUGAAGAGAGCGGUCAUUGA